AGAUCUCCCUACAGCUCGCGAUGGGAUUUCAUGGCAAAAGAGGUCCCCCGGGCACGACCCCCACCAGAGGUGCCCUCUGCAGAGGCCAGAUGCAUUUUGGUAGCUGUCCCAUGGCACAGCAUGGCACGGCUUCCCGGUCCCCAUCCCGGCUGCUGCUCGGCGCUGGGGACAGUGGUGCAGUGCAUGGAGAAGACCCUGCCCAGGUGCCCUGCAGCAGCUGGGAAGUGCCCGGGGCCCAGCAGGGAUGUCGGAGACCUCGUCCAGCAAGGAGGCCCCCCCGGCCGAGUGUCCCGUCUGCUAUGAGAAGUUCCAGCCUCUGGAGCACACGCACCGCAGGCUCAGCUGCGGGCACGUCUUCUGCCAUGACUGCCUGGUGAAGUGCCUGCUCUCCGCCAAGCUGGACGGCCAGGUGCAGAGCAGCAUCAUCUGCCCCGUCUGCCGCUACGUGACUUUCCUCAGCAAGAAGAAGGCUCUUUGGCCGAGCAACCUGCUGACGCUGGAAAUGCCCCUGUCACCUUCUUCCUUGUCCCAGCUGGCCAAACUGGAGCCCAGCAACACCUUGGUGGUGCCCAGCCACUUUGUGAUGCCGGUGCAGAGCUUCGACCGGUGCCGCGGCACGAGGAGCAGCCCAGGGGACUCGCAGGGAGAGCUGGCACGGGAAGCCCACAUCUUCGUGAUCAGCAGCCACGGGAUGCCGCUGGUGGACACGGACUGCUCCUCCCUGGGGAGGAGAAGCCUAGCCGAAACACGCAGCACGGUGUCCUCCAGCUCGGCCCUGGGCGUGAAGUGCUGUCAGUCGCCCAUCGCCCUGGCCGUCCUCCUCAUCCUGACCGUGGCCAUGCUGGCGGCCGUGCUCCCUUGGCUGCUGCUGGUGAAGAGGGACUCAUAG